GCUAGUGAAGAAGAAAUGUCAGGCCCUCAGUGCUGUGAGAAUCCACCUACCCUCACCUCCAGCAGUGGAGCUGGGUGUGUUGCAGAAAUUGGAGGCCUCAAGGCCUACGUUUCAGGCCCUUCUGAUUCCAAGCUUGCCAUUCUUCUUGUUUCAGACCUUUUUGGGUAUGAAGCCCCAAAUCUUAGGAAGCUUGCUGACAAAGUUGCGGCUGCUGGAUUCUACGUGGUGGUCCCUGACUUCUUCUAUGGGGACCCAUUUGUACCUGAAACCAUGACUAUACCAGUCUGGAUAAAAGCACAUGGAAUGGAUAAAGGAUUUGAAGAUGCAAAACCGGUUGUUGCAGAACUGAGAAGUAAAGGCAUAAAUGCAAUUGGAGCAGCAGGAUUUUGCUGGGGUGCAAAAGUAGUUGUUGAGCUAUCCAAGGUGGACCAGAUUCAAGCUGCAGUGCUGUUUCACCCUGCUCGUGUCACUGUGGAUGAUAUAAAGGAGAUUAAGGCACCAACUGCUAUAUUGGGAGCUGAAACUGACCAUGUCUCUCCACCCGAGCUCCUCAAACAGUUCGAGGAGGUUUUAUCCACUAAGCCUGAGGUCAACGGUUACGUGAAGAUAUUUCCCGGGGUAGCUCAUGGAUGGUCUGUCAGGUACAAGGUUGAAGAUGAAGAGGCUGUGAAGCGAGCCGACGAAUCACACCAGAACAUGAUGGACUGGUUUGCCCAAUAUGUUAAGUAAAGGGGACGUGGGCUAUUGAAUCCAAAUCCUCUAAGCUUAGACUUUUAAGAAAAUUAAUACUUCAAUAUCGUAUCAUACCUUGAUUUGGUGGGAGGUCAUGUGUUCAAGUUACCUCUUCAAUUUUUUGAUCGAUAUUGGUAUG